AUGGGAAAGGCUAGCAAAAAGCCCUCAAGGCCUUCAUCGUCGGUACACCGGAUACUCACCACCGGUGAUCCUCAAUACUACAACCUGCAUGUUCAAAUCAACAACCAGACAACCAUUUCCACGUUGCAGCGAGAGAAGGGGGCGACCAUCGCAAACACGCUAGUCCCCACCGAUGGGUCAUGGACCCCCGAGCAAAUCCGGCUGGCGCUUCGGGCCAAUAUGAAGAUUUGA